GCCCGCUUCGUUGAAAAAGUCAGUCCCGAGAACGGUCUCAUUUCCAGCUUACAUUUGCUUAUUACGUACCGACUGCUGCGUCAUGCUUGGAAGGAGUCAUGGCAGCCCAUAACGAGGCCAUCGAGAGACUCAAGGGCCUCUUGAAGACUUUGAGCUCGUCAGAAGAGGCGUCGCCUCUAUCUGUCGCCCAGCUCGAAUUCAUAGGUCAAUCGCUUCUGUCAGACUCUCAAGCGAAAGGAUUGGCGGUUCUUUGCUUGUCUGUUUUUGGUCAGAAGACGGCGGCAAGAUCUCUGGACAGUGAUAAUGCGAGCUCUGUGGUCAUCUCUGCAUUAAGACCCUACACAGAACGAGUGUUCAAUACUCGCACCGAGGCGUCAAACACCGCAGUAAUCGGAGAUGAAGACAGAAUUUUAGCCUUCACCUUGGUGAUCGCCAAUCUCUUCCCAUUCGCGCCAGUAGCCUGUGUAAAGGAUCUGACGGACCCAUUUGGCACCGAAGAAGAAUCAUGGGAUUCGCUGGGUAUGCUGUUAGAGCUGGCCGAGCUUCCAGGUCCCCUAAGACCCGCACUGGCCGAAUUACUCGGCCAAGCAGCAGGCACGAAGCAAGGUCGAGAGAUGGUCCGAGCGCGAGCUACGGAAUGGCUUCAAGGAGCUGUCAAUCUUCAGACCGCGGAUGGCGAUCUCGGAGUGCUAUGUGCCGUCGCGCUGAGCAAAUUGGACAAUGGAGCCAGGCCUGACACGGAGGUCACACCAGCUGAAGUGGAUGAGGUGUCAAGAAUGAGAGCGGACGCCGGUCUGGCCAACAAGAUGAUCAAGCAUAUUAUGUCGCAUUCUCACGCGCCGAGCUCUUGUCGAUCAGCGAUCGAAGGUCUUGGAAUCUUGACAACCAAGUCAUACAUCAAAGAAUUGGUAUGUCAAACGCCAAAGGCUCUGAAAUCCAUCCUCGCGCUUUCCCCGGUCCUUGGACCUCGACCGAGCUCGUUGCCUCAAACCCCGAGAGGCAGUAUCGACUUCAAUGACAAGUCACUGGCACCCGUCGAAACAGCUCUAUGUUAUGGUCUCACGGUGGUACUCGUCAAUCUGACGGCUCGGAGACCGAAGCUUUCAGGCGAGGAUGAACAGAUAGAGCGUCUGCGACGGAUGGCUAUCUCGGGAAAAAAGGGCGGCGGCGGCGGAAUGGAUUCAGAAGAGGACCCUUUCGAAACGGAUGAGGCGGUCAGAGCGCGAGUCAAGUCGGUGAUCGCUGCGGGGGGCAUCACGGCGCUGUCUGAAUUAAGCAGGGCAGACAGUCGUAGUGUCAAACUCGCCCUUGGACACUUGUGCCUAGCGCUUGUCGAGGACCAAGCCAAUCGACCGAUGUUUAUCAGAGAUGGAGGAUUCAAGGUCCUGUCCAGCGUGGUUCGAGACCUUUUAGCACCCUCGACAUCGGAAAAGUCUACCCCGGUCGCCAUUCACAACGGCAGUCAGUCUGGGUCAGACGCUGAUGUUUUAGUGGCUGCACAAGCUUUGGCAAAGCUAAUCAUUACCACUGCACCUCACCUCUUAUUUCCUCCACCACACCUUACGACGAGUCUUAACGCCCUCUCUCCGAUGUACAUUCUCAUGGCACAUCCUUCUUCCACACUAUUACAGAUCUUUGAAUCCCUCAUGGCGCUUACCAAUCUCGCAUCGAUUGGUGCGGACGUUUCAAAACGUAUCUUGACAGAUACCUGUACGCCGCCACGUGCAGACGAAAUGUGGCGUGGAUCUGGAAGAGAAGAUACCAUCCGCAUCACUACAAAGAUAGAGGAGCUAUUACUAGCAGACAAUCAGCUCGUCCGGAGAGCAGCGACAGAGUUGGUGUGUAAUUUGGCGGGCUCGGCAGAAGGCAUCGCCUAUUAUUCUGGCGGACCAGCGUCUUCGCCCGAAGGGAAAAGUCAAACGGCAAAAGCAAAGUCUCGACUUCAGGUCUUGCUCAUCAUCACACAUGUAGAAGACUUACCGACCCAACUCGCUGCCGGAGGUGCUCUGGCAAUUUUGACAGAGUCACCGCACAUUUGCGACCUGCUUCUAGAUCUUUCUUCUGCCGGUAAAACGACUCCUCCCUCACGAAACGUCUGGAAACGUAUCAUCGGUAUGCUUGAACCAGAAAUCGAGCCGGAACAAGAAGGCGAAGAGCCAAUACCCCUCAUCUCGUCGUCGCCUCCCGAUGAAGGACUACUCUUGCGGGCUGUUGUCAUCCUGUCGAAUCUCGUAACCCGUGUUAUAUCCCUGGAGCAAGAAGACCGGGUCAGACAUGUGGCGGAUGCAAAGACAGCUGGAGUAGACACCAAGCUUGAUGAGAUCAUCAAGACCCGGAGCUCCGAUGAUCUUCUAGAGCCUGCCAACAGCGCUCUGCAGCUCUUCAAGCAGACGAGCUUUUAGACGCUUAGCAUUGCUAGAUUAUACGCGACAUUAACGAGUGAGACCAUAUAUCAGUA